GUGGAGAACUUUACGAAAAGUAUUUGGUCUAGAAUUUUUAUUAUAUGGACUUAUUCUUGUAAUCGAAGAAUUAAUCGUUAGAAUGUGCCAGCCUUUACUCAUUGGAAAAUUAAUGUCGUACUACACUCCGAACCAAACUUCCAUUUCAAAAAAUGAAGCUUGUAUUUACGCGUCAUUCGUAGUUUUUGCUUCCUUUUUGUACGUAAUGAUAGGUCAUUCCUACGCGCUUGGCUUAUUCCACCUAGGGAUGAAAAUACGGGUAGCUGUUAGUUCUCUAGUCUAUAGAAAAUCUCUCAAAUUAAGUCAGAGCACUAUAGCUGACAAUACUGUAGGUCAUUUGCUCAAUUUGUUGGCAAACGAUGUCGGCAGAUUCGAGUACAACGUUGUAAACGUUCACUUUCUGUGGAUGGGGCCUCUGGAAACUCUAGUCGUUUGUGCACUGACCUACUGGAUGUUAGGAGCAACUGCUUUAAUAGGAAACCUCUUGGGAUUUAUUCCUGUACAAGUAUACUUAGCAAAAAGAGUGUCUCUCUAUAGAUUGCGGACGGCACUGAAGACAGAUCAAAGGGUAAAACUGAUGAAUGAAAUCAUAACAGGUGUAAAAGUUAUUAAAAUGUAUUCGUGGGAAAAACCUUUUGCUAAGUUAGUGGAACUGGCAAGAAAGUUAGAAGUAGACCAGAUAAAAAUUAGUUCGUACCUAAGUGGCUUUAAUAUAGCCUGCCGGAUAUUUUUAGGAAGAAUUGCAGUUUUCUUCUGUAUUCUAGUUUAUAUUUUAACUGGUGGUAACUUAGAACCUCAGCACGUCUACGUCUUGACUUCAUUCUACGAAAUUACACGUCUAGGAAGUGUAAUUUUCCUCCCAAUGGGUAUGAUGCAAAUGGGGGAAACUAUAACAUCUGUGAAGAGAAUAUUGGAAUUCUUGAAACAACCAGAAAUAACUAGUAUUAAAAAUUCCAAUCACGAAGGUAUCAAAAUGAAUUACGUAUGCGUCAAAUGGGACAAAUUCCCAAAGAACACUUUAACUAACAUAAACUUAGAUAUUAAGUCUAACCAACUAGUGACCUUGAUUGGAGCAGUUGGUAGUGGUAAAACCACCCUUCUGAAUGUAAUUUUACAAGAAAUUCCUUUACUGGAAGGAUCCGUUGAAACAGGAUGCACCAUUUCGUAUGCCUCUCAACAACCAUGGCUGUUUUCGGCAAGCAUUCGAGAUAAUAUUCUUUUCGGAGAAAAAUUUUAUGAAAGUAAAUAUGAUCAGGUCACUAAAGUUUGUUCUCUGGAGCACGAUUUUGCCCUUCUUCCUUUUGGCGAUCGAAGUCUUGUAGGAGAACGAGGAGUUAUGCUAAGCGGAGGACAAAAAUCCAGAAUUAAUUUGACCAGGGCUAUAUAUAAAGACGCUGAUUUAUACCUUUUAGAUGACUCUUUGUCAGCAGUUGAUGUGCAUGUAGGAAAACAAAUCUUUGAGAAUUGUAUUAGGAAUUAUUUAAAGAAUAAAACGACGAUCUUAAUUACUCACCAAAUACAGCAUUCAGACAAUACUGACAUUGUCUAUUUAGUUGAAAACGGGAAGAUAAUGUAA